AUGGCAUCACCAUCAGAAUCAUGGAUGCAAGAAUUCAAUGAAGCAUCAAAACUUGGUGAUGAAAUCAGUGGCAUGAUUUCUGGGAAGAAUUCUUUACCUCAAUCAGGACCAGAAACACAACGGCAUCUCUCUGCCGUUCGGAGAAAGACCACUAUUUUGAGGACCAAACUUGAUGUUUUGCAGUCCCUUUUGUCAGCACUUCCUAGCAAACAGCCAAUAUCAGGGAAAGAGAUGAAUCGGCGUCUAGACAUGCUGAAAAAUUUGAGUACAAAAGUUAACCAGAUGGCUACUGCUCUCAAUAUGUCCAGUGCUGCUAACAGAGAGAACUUGCUUGGACCUGAUAGCAAGACCGACGAUAUUAUGGAUAGAGCAUCUGGCUUUGACAACCAGGGCCUUGUUGGUUUUCAACGGCAAGUCAUGAGAGAACAAGACGAAGGCCUUGGGAAAUUGGAGGAGACAGUGACAAGUACAAAACACAUUGCAUUGGCUGUCAAUGAGGAACUUACCUUACACACUAGGCUUCUGGAUGAUUUAGACGAGCAUGUGGAUGUAACAAAUUCCCGUUUACAGAGGGUUCAAAGGAAUUUGGCUUUUCUGAACAAACGUACCAAAGGUGGCUGUGCUUGCUGGAUCUUUCUGGUCAUUGCUAUUGUCAUUCUAAUUGUUGGCGUGUGGGCAUUGAUUAAAUAUUUUCAGCUCAUGCAUGUUCUCCGCAAAGGAUUGGGAAUCGCCUCCUCUCCUCCUGCGCUAGCAUGUUAUUUGCUUGCUGAUAAGAUGGGAGUGAUAUCCUUUGUAGGGAAAAAAACCUACGAUGAAAUGUUGGAGGGAGAAAUGAGGUUGAAACGAAAGGUCAAAGAAUCGUUGCCUGAUUCGGAUUCAGUAAUUGACAUUGUGGAUAGCAAUAUGCUAAACAGAGGAGAUGGCUACUCCUUGAACAAAGAGCAUUUUGUCACAUCUAUCUAUAAUGGACUUGGCUCUUCAAUGUACUAA